UCUCUCUUCAUGAAAUUCAUCUGGAUGAACACCUUCACGAACAUAAAAAAGCAAGCCAAAAUUCUGCCAACCGCCUUUAUCCGUUAAAUGAGAAACUCUUGAAGAUAUUUUUCUUCCGACAAACAGUUGCUGAAAACGCUACGGAAUAUUACGUGCUCAAGUAAUUUUGAUUCGAUGGGAAUCCAGACCGAAGAAAGCCGAACAGCGUCAAUUGCUCAUCACGAAGAGUCAUUCAAAUCGGGAUCCCAUUUUACAAGCAACCCUGACACUAUCCUUGAAGAAUUUUCAGACGAGACGUCGUUGAAAACAGACGACGACAAUUCUUCCUUUGAUGGCCCUGGCACAAAUAACUCGGUCGGCUCCGCAGUUUUGUUCAUUAAUGAGGCCCUGGGAGCCGGAAUAAUCAAUUUUCCUUACGCUUACAAAAUGGCUGGUGGGAUCGCGAGUGCGCUAGGCAUUCAACUGAUAUUUGGUUUAUUGGCAUAUCCUCCGCAAUUGAUACUGGCAUUUUGCGCGGAUCAAGUCCGGCGUUCGACAUAUCACGAGGUCAUUUCUGUGUGCGGAAAGCUAUGGAGCGUUUUGGCAGCAAUAGUCAUCAUGCUCUUCGCCUUCGGAGUCUGCACGACUUACCAAAUCACGAUUGUCACGCAAGCAGACAACAUUCAGUUUUUGAAGCGUUUCUGGGCACCGAUUUCCAUAAGUACUGGUACACGCACCGAGCCUUCAUUUUAGCAGUGACCUCCAUCUUGCUCAUUGCGCCGUUCAUUUUUCCGAAGAAGAUUGAAUUUAUCAAAUAUGUCAGUUUUUUAGGUACUUUUGCCGUGACGUACUUGGCGGUGUUGAUCGUUAUUGAGUACCUAGCGACGGAAAAUGAAUCUGGGCCGGUGCCGACAAAACCAGAAAAAAUUUCUGACAUCAUAUUUCUCAUCCCGACAAUUUGUUUCGCAUAUCAGUGCCAUAUGGGAAGUGUUCCAAUUUACGCCGGUCUGCAAAACCGGACUUUGCUGAAGUACGGGACCAUUGUCGGGCUAGUGUUUAUUUUCGUGACAAUCAUUUACGCAAUGGCUGGAAUUUUCGGUCUGUUAACCUUUGGCUCCAAAGUAAAUCACGACAUUUCCCGGGGUUACGACGCAAAAAGGCCUGAAGUAAUCACGCUAAACGCCGCCAUCUUCUUGGCACAGAUUGCCACCUAUCCGCUAAUUUGCUUCUGUGGAAGGGAAGCUGCGAGAAAUUUACUGCUCACAUCAAUCAACAAAGACAGAAAUGAUCUGAGCUCGAAGGAAGAAUUCUGGUACAGAAUAAUUCUGAGCAGUAUUUGGCUGCUAACGACAACAAUUUUAGCAAUAUUUGUGCCAAACGUCACCGUUAGCAUUCGCGCUGUUGGAGGAUUAGCUGCUCUGCUGAUUUUCUUUUUCCCCGGUUUAUGCUUGAUUUUCGUUUUGCAACAAAAACGAGAUGCACUGACAUCCGUCGGGAUUUCUGGUAGAAUAUUGCCGGCAUUCUGGAUUUUGGCAGUGUUCUACGUCUUUUUCGGCAUAAUUUUGUUCGUCGGCACCACGAUGAAAUCCGUCUACGAAAUACUUUCCUUCAUGGCGGAAGGAUUAAAGUCGGAUUCGCCUACGGAUCGAGGAUCCAAGGAUGGGUUGGAUUCUGAAGUGAGACCCAGUCAAGAAGGGAAAGAAGGGCUUGAAGGAGAGGAUGAUGAGGCUAAACGGGGAAAUGGUUCCGGCGAAUACGAGUUCGCGGGAACCAAUAACAUCCCGGGUUCCAUUUCCUUGUUCAUCAAUACUGCGUUGGGUUCCGGGAUUCUCAACUUCCCAUACGCUUACAAGGUUGCUGGUGGAGUUGCCAUUGGUUUGACAUUCCAGUGGAUUUUCGGAUUUUUGGCCUCCCCACCGCACGUGAUCUUGGCCUACUGUUCUGACAAGACCAAGAAAAACACCUAUCAUGAAUGCAUGUCCUAUUGCGGCAGAGCUUGUAAAGUUAUCGCUGCCGUCGUCAUCGUUUUAUACACGUUCGGUGCUUGUGUCACUUUCCAAAUCAUUCUCGGAGACCAGAGUGACAACCUUUUCCUGGCGUUCCUUGGCUCUGAUUUCGAUACCCAUUGGUACAGCAAUCGGAAAUUCACGAUAUUCUGGACCGCUGUAGUAUUCGUUGCUCCGUUCGUUUUCCCGAAAAAAAUGGAGUUCAUCAAAUAUGCAAGUUUUUUCGGCACAGCCUCUGUCAUCUACAUGACGCUGCUGAUCGUGGUGCAGUUUUUCGUCGUGAAGACGAACCCCGAGAUCCCAACAUCGCCAAACCACUGGUCCGACGUUAUCAUGCUGGUCCCAACAAUGUGUUUCGGGUACCAGUGCCACUUGAGCAGUAUUCCCAUCUACUCGUGUCUCCGCGGUCGCGACUUCAAGACCCACAUUGGGAUAGUAGCGUUUAUCAUGACGUUCGUCACCAUCACAUACACUCUUGCUGGCACCUUUGGGGUCCUCACCUUUGGCAUCAAUACCCCGCAUAACAUCACUUCCGGUUACGACGCUUCCCGGAUCGAAGUCCUGCUUUUGAGUGUGGCAAUCGCCGUGGCGCAGGUUGCCACGUAUCCGAUGCUCUGCUUCUGUGGAAGGGAAGCUAUGGGGAUACUUUACCUGGAAGCGUUUCGCAUUCCCAAGGAAUCAACCGUAGGAAGACCGGAACUCAUCCGGAGAGUGGUCAUCAGUGCCCUGUGGCUGCUUGCCUCUACGUGUAUUGCAGCAUUUGUUCCUAACAUCACUGUUGCCAUUCGUAUGAUUGGCGGGUUGGCUGGCCUCAUCAUCUUUUUCUUUCCAGGUCUUUGCUUGUUCAACGUUGUCCAAGAAGACCCGGACAAGAAAGGAUUUUGGCCCGAGAAGAGGAGAUCAAAAAUCUUGCUUGUUGCAUCGUUUUUUUACAUGCUCUUUGGCUUCGUUUUAUUUAUUGGCACAACCACAAAAGCAGUGAUGGAAAUAGCUAAGGGAUCAGGUACGAACUAUGACAGGAUUCCCGAAGUGGCUCGUGUUUGAACCAACAAAUCAGGUUCAAGUGCCUUUCAAUGAGGUUUCCGCUCAAGAAGAACGAGAAGUAAAUCUUUUCGGUCACAAGCAUCUUCUCUCACCUUAUUCCAUACCCCUAAUUGUGUCGUCGUUUGGAAUGAAUUUGAAUGCUAGUUGUUCAAGAGCAUUGAGUCAUUGAUGUGCGUGGUUGUGACAAUAUGUGUCGUUAAAAUCACGAUUUGAAAUUUCCCUGUA